GUUUACUUAUUGUCUUGUUUUUGUAGAGUUCAAGGAGAAGAUAAAGACGACGAAGAUGAUAUUUACGGUGGAACAACCGACGACGAGCAAGAGGAGACGACAAAGAAAGGUACUGAUGCUUAAGAAGGAGCUAUUCUCCCUUUAAGCACCUCAGCAAAUUAGGGAGAAACGAUUCUAAUUUCUUUGAUCCAAAGAUUUGGUAAUAGCGAGUUUUAAGAAUAUUGACCACACUUUCGAACAAAUGAUGGUGAUUAUAUUAAGGUUUAAAGGUUGCCUACUUGACGGUGAAAGACUUUGGGAGCGGGACACCUUCAUGUGAAUAGGGCAUUUAAAUACCGUUGUAUCCAGAUCUGUUAAGUGAUCCUCAUUCAAACUCGCCUGUUGUUUUUUUUGUUAUAUAGAUGGAGCAGAAUCCGCUGACGAUGUUACCUCGGGCUCAGAAGACUUCCCUGAGUUACCAGACUUCUUUUCUCACAAACAUUUUAUGUUGUACGGUGAAAUUGAAAGUACGACCAGGAGACUGUUGAUAAGAUACAUCACAGCAUAUAAUGGGUAAAUAAGACUUAUUAUUCUUUUAAAUACUCGACUUAAGCCACACAUUAACACAAUGAACAGGCCUGCAGGCUCGGUGAGUCAGCUCACUAGUUAUCACUACCGUAACCUUGUCCUUUCUUGGCAGGAAACAAAUACAGUUUAAAUUAGCCUGAGGAUCAGGCCUUACUAAGGGGCUAGGGGAGAGGAGAUUUUAGAUGGAGGCUCUCUCCCUUUUUCGCUUCCAUCUUUCCCCUUUUCCCCAGAAACGCCUGAUACUCAGGCUAAGUUUAAAUUUCCUUGAACAGUUAGCCUGCGUAGCAAGCGUUUCCGCGCGAGUUCGUCGAGAAAGUCGGGCAAAAUUUCUUUUUUUCGCUUCCGCUCUAACUUUCGCGCAAUAACUCGAUUGGAAACGCUUGCUACGCAGGUUAUUGAACAGUGAGAGCUGAGAGAUCGCAGUGAUACCUGUCAGUACACUUAAACUCUUUUAAAAGCAAGUCACUAACUUUUAUUAAAGUCUUUUAGAUUCUAAGUCAAGACGAGGACGAGAUUUUCUGGGUUACAUAUAUGCUUCCGGGUUUUCUCAAUUCUAAAUAGUGCGCUGUCGUGAUCCAGCGUCAUUAGUGAACUUACGCAACAGGACGGGAGAGGAAUGACGACGGCGAACCUUGUGUGACAAGCGUGACAAUAAUUUUGUUUGAAAAAACCUUCCGCCAAACUUCACAUUCGUUUAAACAGAUAGUUUUGUAGAAGACCAAAAAACAUCAGUGUUAAGUGAAUUCCCGACAAAACACGCAAGGAACAACGCUGUCACGUUUGUCACGCUCAAGCGUUUUGCCGUCCUGUUUUUUCUGCCGUCCUGUUGCGUAAACUCACUAUUUUGGCGAGAAAACGCGAUAGCUGUCGUCAUUCUACUGCGGCUUUUAGCGCGAAUGAGGUUGCGACUGAAAGAAUUUGGCAAAUCAUAGAGGUUUUUCAUUUUGCAUUAGGAAAAGGGCUCAAACUCCUUCAAUAAAAAGUAACCGUGCUACCUUUUCUGGUAUAAAAAGUAAAAUAAAACUUUUCAGGGUGUCUAUUUUUUAUGAUACGGGAAGAAAGCUUGCAGUCUAAUCUCCUCCUCGUAUUUGUCUCAGCCUGUGUACAGACGCCCCCUUUCGUCCUCGAAUUGAAAGGUCUCUAUAUUAUCCCUAGCGGGAAAGACGAAAAGUUAAAGUAAAUAUUUUAACCUUUAGAAUCAUUCAUGUUUAUGGUGGCUUUUGGUCCUAAAUCGUUGUUCUAAAAUGUGUCAUAUAUACAUGAGCGCCUUGGGUCCCUUUUACGCUUUUUACAUGCCCCGGCGUGAUCAACUAUUACUGCGAUCCGGCUGAAGUUUAAUGACCUUAGAGAGAGACCGUAACAUUCAGAUUUCGCCCUUGUUCAGGCCACACUUGUUCAUCAACUUGAUAACUAGUAGUUUUCGUCAUUUGAAAAUACUGGGGCUGUUUUAGUUCGCAGUCUUCGUCUUUUCCUUUUCCUUUUUCUCAGUCUUAUUUUUUUUGUCAGAAUUGUCGAAGAGUACAUGAGUGAUAAUGUGGACUUUGUUAUUACCAACGAAAAUUGGGAUAGAAAUUUUGAUGAGGUGAGUUAGAAGUCUGUGAUACACUUCACGAUAACUUGCGAUAAAAGACGAAACAGUACUGCGAUGACACUUUAAGUUGGUAUGUCCUCUAAAUUCCCUCCACCUACCCACUGCCCUUAGCUCCUUUUACGUUUUUUUUUUGGCCGAAGUCGAUUCCAGGGACUGAUUGCAUAAAGAGCAUAAAGUAACUUGAGAUUAAAUGCGACUUUUUUUGCAACCAUCUCCUUUGUUCCAGACAAUUUUUUUUUGCGCACUAUCACGGGUAAAUUGGGCCAAAGGCGGAUUAACAAGCUUAUAGAACGCAAAGAGUUCACGAGAGAAUUCACAACGAAAAUUUACUUUUGUUUACUUGUGAAUUGAAUACAAAUUGGAGUGCGUAGAGACUAUAGCCUUUGCUAUUUGUGGGCAGUGAGAAAAUAAAAUUAUAAAUUUGGAUUAACCAAGAAAAAUGAAAUGAAAUGUUCUUCGAAGCCAAGGCGUUUUGCUAGUCUGGAUUACAGUGCAUGGGUUAAUUUCUUUGAUCGGACCAACGAUCAGACCCGAGUCCACUCUGUAGAUGCAUAAAGAUUGCGUCAUACGGCACAGAUAUAACCACCUAGAUAAUACAUGUAAUAGGUUAUAAAAUACUAUGAGAAAAAAAAACUCGUUUGUUUACUCACUUUUCUAUCCAUCCACGGACUGACUGCCCCUUUGUAAGGCGGCUUUAACUUGGUCUUUGGUUUGAGACUGUACUGAAUGGUUUUAUUAUCGUUUUCUCUUUCCCAGGCCCUGAACGAAAACGCUUCCUUAGCUUUUGUGCGGCCCAAGUGGAUUAUGGUUUGUCAUGACAAAGGUGCCCUUGUUCCAUUUCAGCCAUACAUAAUUGUUCCUUCAUAG